UGGAAUAAUUAAUGACGUCGCGCUGUAAACACGACUGACGCUCAGCUGCGUGGCCGGAGCAUCCUCCAAAGAGCCCCAAGACCUCUCCAGGUUCCCGUGUUUGUUUCUCGACGGGUCCGCUUGAAAUGUACUAAAAUAAAAAACUGCGGUACACCUCGACUCUCAUAUGCGGUCAAGACGACGGUGCUGCAUCUGUCCUACCAAGUGCCAUGGCUAGAAAGACGGACAUCCCCUCCUCGUACUAUGGUGAGCCGCGCAAGUUUGACCCAAACUUCAGAGGGCCUGUUCAUAACAGGAGCUGCACUGAUGUGGUUUGCUGUCUUAUUUUCAUCAUCGUCAUCCUUGGCUACAUCGCUCUGGGUACCAUUGCCUGGAUCCAUGGCGACCCCAGGAAAGUUGUCUAUCCAACUGACAGUCACGGGCAGUUCUGUGGACAGCAGAACACCCCCAAUGCAAAGAAAGCCAUAUUAUUCUACUUCAACAUGUUGAAAUGUGCCAAUCCUGCAGUUUUAAUUAACCUCCAGUGCCCUACAACCCAGCUCUGUGUCUCCAAGUGCCCUGAUAAAUUUGCAACUCUCCUGGAUGCAUGGAAUGCCAAAAACUGGGAAUAUUACAAGCAAUUCUGCAAGCCGGGUUUUGAGAUUGGCAGCAAGACAAUUGCAGAAGUCAUAAGAGAUGAAGACUGUCCAUCUAUGAUCGUGCCAAGCAGACCUUUCCUUCAGCGGUGCUUCCCUGAUUUCAUUACAAGAAAUGGAAUUUUAACUGUAGCCAAUCAGACCAUCUUCAAGGACGGACAAAAUAACGAGAGGAGUGUCAGCGACCUCAAAGAGGCUGCCAAAGGUAUCACCAGUCUGCUGAAUGGCAAAGAAGUUGGCAUGAAGAUCUUUGAGGAUUAUGCAAAUUCCUGGGACUGGAUCCUCUUUGGUCUGGUGAUAACUAUGGGGGUCAGUCUGGUCUUCAUCCUGCUGCUGCGCUACACUGCUGAUAUAUUCCUCUGGCUCAUUGUCUUUUGCGUCAUCGCUGUGGUCGGUUACGGUAUCUGGCACUGCUACUGGGAGUUCAGUAUUCUGAGUGGGAAACCAGGCGCUAAUGUCACCAUCUCUGAUAUUGGCUUUCACACAGACUUCAGCAUUUACUUUAAGCUCAGCCAAACAUGGCUCAUCUUCAUGAUCUCACUUUCUGUGAUUGAGGCCAUCAUUGUGAUUAUGCUGAUCUUUCUGAGGACAAGGCUGCGCAUUGCUAUUGCAUUACUGAAGGAGGGAAGCAAGGCCAUCAGUUACAUCAUGUCCACUCUCUUCUACCCUAUCAUCACCUUUUUCCUUCUGGCCAUCUGCAUUGCUUACUGGGCGGUCACAGCAGUUCUCUUAGCGUCAUCUGGUAAUUCAGUUUACAAGGUUGCACCGGCUGAUGAUAAAUGCAUGUAUGCCAACAUCACAUGCAAUCCAAAGACCUUCAAUAAGACCAAUAUUACCAAAGUGUGUCCCGGGUCACAAUGCAUGUUUGCCUUCUAUGGUGGGGAGAGUGUGUACCACCGCUAUAUCUUGGUCCUCCACCUGUAUAACCUGUUCGUGUUCCUCUGGCUGGUCAACUUCAUCAUCGCGCUGGGCCAGUGCACCCUGGCCGGGGCUUUUGCCUCCUACUACUGGGCCCCGAAGAAGCCAAACGACAUCCCUGCCUGCCCGCUCUAUUCUUCUUUUAGCAGAGCCAUAUGCUACCACACAGGUUCCCUUGCCUUUGGUUCUCUGAUUAUCGCUGUGGUGCAGAUGGUCAGAAUUGUUCUUGAGUACCUGGAUGACAAACUGAAAGGUUCUCAGAAUGCAUGCGCUCGAUACCUGCUUUGUUGCCUCAAAUGCUGCUUCUGGUGCCUGGAACAUGUCAUCAAGUUUAUAAAUAGAAACGCAUACAUUAUGAUAGCAAUAUAUGGGAAGAACUUCUGCACCUCUUCCAAGGAUGCUUUCUUCCUCUUGAUGAGGAAUGUUAUUCGAGUGACUGUCCUGGACAAGGUGACAGACUUUCUGCUUUUCUUGGGAAAACUUCUUAUUUCAGGAAGUGUCGGUGUUCUUGCAUUUUUCGUCUUCACACGUAACAUACCGGUCAUUCAAGAGAGGGUGCCGUCCCUAAAUUACUACUGGGUCCCCCUUCUGACGGUGAUAUUUGGAUCCUACAUGAUUGCACAUGGCUUCUUUAACGUCUAUGCCAUAUGUGUGGACACGUUGUUCAUGUGCUUUUUGUGGGAUCUGGAGAUGAACGAUGGCUCUCCUGAGCGGCCCUACCGCAUGAACCGAAGGUUGCGGUGCAUCUUGUACAAGGAGAACCACCACCAGCGAACAAGAAAUAGAGAAAAGACAAAAGGUGGGAGGAGACAGAGAGAAGAUCAUUUACCAAAGCUUGGUACAAGAAUAGAAGUGUAACUGUACACUAUAAUGGACAAACUGUAAGUAAGCACCUCUAAUUAUUAGAUUAUUUGUAGUUCUUUGGUAUUUGUAGCUGAACGCAGAGUUCAGUUUGUCAAAAAAAAAGAUGUUUGAUGGUGUACAAAGUCACACCAGAUUCUUGUAAAUAUUUUUUAAAAUAUGCUUUGUUGUAUUUUCUACAGCCACAGUCACACUACACAGUAAGUUUCUAUAGAAACAGGUGAUUUCUUUCUUGAUUGGGCUUGUGGUAAGAUGUUUUAGCUCGUAACCUCUUGUAGUUACCAGUUUUCACCACUUGGUGGUGCCAGUCAUCACCAGACACCCUGUUGUACUGUUCUUGAGGAGUGAAUGCACUGCUGAUUGCACCAGUUUUUCCAUGAAAUGGUCAAACGUUUGCUCAUCUGUGUAUUGUGUUACCACAGUAUUUAUCCUCAAAUUGUCUCACAUUGAGAAACAUAUUCGCCACUGUAAGUGUCCGCUGUUUUCAUAUUUGACUGUGAAGGACAUAAUGGCAUAGCAGUUCAAAGUGCUUCGGUUUUGAAGUGCCUUUUUUUCUUAGAAUUGCCACAUUCAGUGUCUAAUUGCAUCUUAUAGCUACAUAGUUUAUAAUUGACGAUGCUUGCAUGAAUAUUUUUAAAAAGAACUUGUUAAAGGGAUAGUCGGCAGCCACUGAUGAGGUUUUGUCUUUUCCAAAUGUUGGAUAGGAAGCAACCUGUGUGUCUGUCCACCAAAAAAAAUGCUUCUGCCUGUAACAUGUGCUGUUUAACAUGGAUACAUAACACUCAUAGCUGUUCUUAAAGUGAUACGCCUCCCAAAAUGCAUUUUAUUAGUACCUGAGAGUCACUUCCUAUUGGUUUUUAAGGUGACUUUCCAGCUAUUACCACUUCUCUGCAUAUUAUAAGUUUAGAAACAGAGGUGGUGUAUUAAGUCUUUCCAGCUCAUGGAGCAAAACUUAAGCUCAAAAUUUCUCUUUUGAGUUAUGAACCUCAUUUGAACCAGCGUUUUUGUAACUAUGGGUCCUCUUGUUGAUCCAAAGUGGUGCUGGUCCCACAUAAUAUUACUGAGUUAUUAGUCAAAUAGAACAAUGUUUAUUAAUCAGAUUGAUUAUAUGUUUAUAGUUUUUGAACUUUACAAAUAUUUUUGCAUUGGUUUCUUCCUGGAGUAUAAACGCCUCUAUAUAUAUGCUCUGUCAAAUACCAGACAGUCAACGUCAGUUUGUCUGAUUACCAGUGAGCCAAGUAAGGGUGUCACCUGGUUGUUGGUCGGGUGACUGAUAAAUAAAUAAGUGACGCAGCUGUUAGCAGUUUCACCCACUGUGUCCUUGUAUUUCACAGACUUCAAACUUCUGGUGAGGUCUUCUUUUCCUAAAUGUUUCCAUUCAUUGCUUUGAAUGAUGCUCACCUUCAGAUCUUUGAGAUGUGACUCAUGCCUGUAAGUCUUUGUGUUUGUCAAACUCAAGAAGCAGCCCUUAUGGUGCCUCAGAGUGACAGCACUGCGAGACUCACACACCUUCUGCUCCCGUUUGAACUGAACACGCUGGGACACGUACAACGUUAGCAUUAAAUAAGAGCAAAAACAACUCAGCUUGUGUAUCCGAACCUCUUCAGAACGAUGCAUGUGCCACUAAAUGUGGCGUAUUAUGCACAUAGCGUGUUGUUGUUGUUGUUGUUUUUUCACACUGAGUAACUAUUAUACUGCCAGAUGUAUUUUGUAUCUUUAUGUGCAUGCAGCUCAGGUUCAUUCCCAUGAGGGUGAAUACCUGAGAUCUGAUAAGUGAAGUAAAAAUUGUGUUUUUAUGUGCCUCCCCCACCCUCCCAUGUCUGGAAAUUAGAUUCUUUUGGUCAACCACAGUCAACAAGUAGACACAAGUAAAACCUGUGCGGCAGUUUUCUUACCACAAACUCUUAAACGUCAAAUUCUGAAGAUUCC